GUGAAGGAAUGGAUUGGCAAUGUGGAGAAUCCCUUAACAGGAUUCAUGCCCUCACACGCUCACUUUUGAACAAUGGUGGAGGUUUCCAGAGCGGUGCACUUCCUUCAUUCGAGUCGAUUGGCGAAUGGCGGUCUCAUCAUCCACCGUGCCAUCAAGCCAGAAAACAUUUUUUUUGGAUGGCAACUUUGUGGCCAAGAUUGGUGAUGUCGAUCAGGCCCUGCUCAUCCCAGAAAAAUGUGUCAAACAAAAGUCAGCAAAAGGAUCCGAGGACGAGGGCUCAAAUUCCACAUUCCUGUUCCUACAAGCCAAUGCCCAGUAUGUGGCCCCAGAAUUGUGGCAGUCGCGGGUGUUCGAUGAGAAGACUGAUGUGUAUGCGCUUGGUGUCACCAUUUUGGAGAUGCUGACUGGAAAGUUUGGGAGCGCAAUCGGGGUAAUCCAGUGCGCUAUGGAGGAGGAGGAGGAGGAGAAUGCAGUGGCUUUUGAAAAUGCCUUGGACCACAGUGCUGGGGCUUGGGAUGUUGAGCUGGGAAAGGAAGUGGCGAAGUUGGGGUUAAGGCGUGUCAGCCUGGAUACACGCAAAGAAGGUGUAGGAAUUCUUCCUGUGCUGGAGGGAGUUGCGCUCAUGGUAGUCGUCGCAGAGGCAGCGGGGGUGAAGGAAAAACUUUAAGGUGCGAAUUUCCUUUGGAUAUAAUUGAUUGUUGAGAAUCUAGCGAUGAUGCGAUCAUGAAGAUCGAUGAGGUGGUGGUUGUGGAUAAAGUCUUUUAGGUGAAGAAGAGUCCGACUGUGACUCCGGUAUGUUCAUGUGCUAGAAGCUAGCUUGUACUAUACCAAUUACUACUCUCACUCUCGUGUAAGCAGUUACACAAGAGAAGAGAAGCUAUACAGAGACGGAGAGAUUUUGAGGUGAAAGACAGAGAUGUCUAGUGGCUUGAAGUGCUUCCGUGUGAGGGUGUCAAAAAAUCAAAUUGAAUAUGGAGGUUAUGUUCAAUGGACAUCGCACAUUCAUAGACCAAUACAGCUGCCUGACAUCGGGACCACAAAUCGCGGGACCAGAAAGUCAGUAGGACUCCCAUUUUGUUCCAAUUUCAAUAGGUUGUUCAUAGCUUGCGCGACUACUGACAACAGUGCAGCAGUAAAUGAGAAGCGGGAAGGAGGGGGGAGGAAGGGGAUGAAGGAUAUGGAAUCCAACUGUGACUCCACUAUGUUCAUGUACUACUGGAAGCUUGUACUAUACCAAUUACUACUCUCACUCCCGUGUAAUCUGUCACAACAAGAGAAGCUCUGCAGAGACGGUUGACGUGACAGAGGAAAGAAAUGGAUCCCUGUAAAUCCGUUUGACUGCAUGUCUGUAAGUGCACGUAUAUGCUGCAGUCCUGUGAGCAGGACAGUCUUUGAUGCUUAAUCGUAGCAGCUGGGGUUAUCACUUACAGUAUCAUUGGCUCGGGGACUCUGUAGACUGUAGAGGGUUCCCGAUGAGUCAGUCGGUGAAACUCCAACAAGACAGUCUGUCAUAGCCCCUUGUUUGUUGUCUCUUCUCCCUCUCUUCCUACAGAUCACCGGGCAGUUAUGUACGAGGACAGACUGUAGAGGGGGCAGUUAUGUAUGAGGACAGACUGUAGAGGGGGCAGUUAUGUAUGAGGACAGACUGAAGAGGGGGCAGUUAUGUAUGAGGACAGACUGUAGAGGAAGGCAGUUAUGUAUAAGGACAGACUGUAGAGGGUUCAGCCUUCUGAUAAGUCGCUCAAACUUGAUGAAACAGUCUGUCACAGCCCCCGUUUGUUGUCCUCUUCUCCAUCUCUGCCUAUGGUUCACCUGCCAUUCCUCAAUGACGAUAUAAUAUUAUAUGUAAGAAUGAAAUGAUCGGACCAGGAUGUCUAGGAAUGCAGGCACUGGCAGACAAUUGAUGGAACGAGAAUGCCAGUGGGACUACACUGGGACCACGAUCAUGUCUCAAUCAGUGGUACAGUAACUGCAUUUGGACCAGAAAAUGAAGGGACCAGAAGGAGUGUCAAUCAGUGGUACUGCAUUGGGCCCACGAAAUGAUGGGACCAGAAAAAGUCAGUGAGACUACACUGGGAUGGAACCUGUGUCGUGCAACGAAACCUUCACUGGAGGGGUUUCCCUCUCUCAACUUAGAUUUCACAGUUCCUUGGAGUGAUUGUGAGUAAAUCACAAGCACCAGC